CGGCGGGCCUGCGCAUUGGCGACAACGAGAUUAUCGUUCCGAGUUGGAGGGGCGAAAGGAAAGGGUUUUCCAGAAAUGGCGGACGAAUGUAGUGGUCAAAGUGUGAUGGAUUCGCAAUCCGAGAUGCAAAACAGUGCGGUGGAUCGAUUGAAAAAACUCUAUCCAGCCGUGAACGAGGAGAAGACCCAGCUGCCGAGGGCCUGGAGCACCAAAGACAAAUACACGUACAUCGGGCUGUCCCAAAACAAUUUGCGUGUGCACUAUAAAGGGCACGGGAAGACGCACCGAGACGCGGCCAGCGUGCAGGCCACCCAUCCGAUACCGCCGUCGUGCGGCCUCUACUACUUCGAAGUGAAGAUCGUGAGCAAAGGGCGCGACGGGUACAUGGGCAUCGGCCUGUCGGCCCAAGGGGUGAACAUGAACCGGCUGCCCGGCUGGGACAAGCAAUCGUACGGCUACCACGGCGACGACGGCCAUUCGUUUUGCUCGUCGGGCACCGGCCAGCCCUACGGCCCGACCUUCACCACCGGCGACGUGAUCGGUUGCGGCGUCAAUCUCAUCGAUAACACUUGCUUUUACACCAAGAACGGGCACCAUCUGGGCACCGCCUUCAGGGACCUGCCGCCUAAUUUGUAUCCGACCGUGGGUCUGCAAACGCCCGGUGAAGUAGUCGACGCGAAUUUCGGCCAGGAGCCGUUCGUAUUCGAUAUCGAAGACAUGAUGAGAGAGCUGAGGUCUCGGACGAGGAUCGAAAUAAACGAUUAUCCCGUGCCGGAGAGCCAAGGAGAAUGGCAAGCCAUUUUAAACAAAAUGGUAUCGACCUAUUUAGUGCAUCACGGUUACUGCAAUACAGCAGAAGCUUUCGCUCACAUUACGGAGCAACCGUUCAACGAAGACAUAGGAUCGAUCAAAAACAGACAGAAAAUUUUGAAGCUCGUGCUGGCCGGUCGAAUGGGCGAAGCCAUCGACAAAACGAGUCGAUUGUAUCCCGGCCUGUUGGAGAACAAUCAGAAUUUAUUGUUCAUGCUCAAAUGCCGUCAAUUCGUCGAAAUGGUGAACGGUUCGGAUAUCGAAAUAUGCCGCAAGAAGAGCAUAGGCGGCUAUUCGCCCAACAGCCCGCCGUUAGAAACGUCCGUGAUACAAUCGACGAAGUGCUCGAAAGCCAAAAACCCUUCGGAACAAUCGAUCGAAGACAUGAACAGAAACAACACUGCCAGAAACGGUAACAACUGCCCCGUCGAGACGCCGCUGAUCGAAAGCGAGGACUGCGAAAUGGAGACCGACGCCUCCGACGAAUUGCCCAACGGCCACGGCGACUCGUGCACCAACGGCAAAAACUCCUCUAGUAAUACAAACAAAUAUCAAAACGGUAGUAAUAGCAUUAGAAGUAUAGAGGACAAGCCGGAGAUUCUUGCUACUUGCUGUGAUAACGACGACGAAGAUAUGGACUUGGCUACUUCGCUUUUAGAUGCACCAGAUGUAGAUGUACCGUGUCGCAAAAGUACGACGAAACAAUCAGUAGAAAGAAUACUAGAAUUCGGCAGAGAAUUAUAUAGUAUGAGUCAAAGAUUAAAAACGGAUAAAAAUAGUAAUCACAUCAACGAAAAAAUGCUAGAGGAUGCCUUUAGUUUAUUAGCAUAUUCGAAUCCAUGGGCGAGCCCCGUCGGUUGGCAGUUAGAACCUACGCAAAGGGAAUCAGUAUGCGCCUCGUUAAAUUCCGCAAUUUUAGAAUCAAAUAACAAACCGAGGAAGCCGCCCCUGGAAGUGGCGAUGGCCCACGCCCAAGAACUGGUGCGUUUGAUGUCCUCUUCGGGCCUCGGUUCGUGUGCCUUCGCCUCUCUCGUCGACAUACUCGAUCAGUGAUCGACGCCCGAACGACGCUUAUUCCUGUAGAAGACGCCGGGGACGCGCCCGAACAGAGCGACCUCUCUACCGCGCAAGAUGAACAGGUACUUACGCCGUUUUUCUCGAAUUUCGUUUCCUUAUUGCAUUUUUUUUAAUAGACCGGUAAUUGGGUUGGGGGGCGCUCCCCGAGGGGGCGCAUUUCGUUCCGAUUCGAGUUGUUGUGAAAUGCGAACUCUCGAGGAAGCGAUUCGAUUUAAUAAAAGUGUUGUAAAACAUCUAAGAGUUAGCGUACGAAAUUUUGUAUAUUUAGUUGUGGUUUGUAACUCGACUUGCCGGUAAAUAAGCGUGCAUAUUCCCGUGGGCAGGGCAGCGUAAUCUAUCGAAAAUGGAAUAGGUUUGUUUCGAAAAGUUUUUUUUUGUGUACAUAAGUUUUGUUGUAAUUAAGUUAAUUUAGACGUUAGGGAAUGGAUUUGUAAUGUUUAUUUGCGAAAUAAAAUGUAAUGUUUUAAUAAAAAAAAUGAAUUGCGUAUCGCUGUGAGGUGAUUUGACUUCGUUCCUUCAAGUAACUCUAUACGAAUUGUAUUUAUGAGUUAUUUAGUGUCACCUGCAUCGAUUUCUUUACACACUUUACUCCAACAUUAAGAUUCUUUUGUCUACGGGUCUCGCUAACAUUUUCAUUUUAAAGUGUAAGUAUUUAAUUUUGAAUGGACCUAUUCUUGUUGAUGGAUGCAACAUUUAGUGUUAGAGUCUAGGGGUGUUUCGUUCACUCGCCGGACUUAGGAUAGUUUUACUGGAUUCUGGAUUUUCUUGGAAUCGAAAGAUUGGGCGGAGUCGGUAUUUUAUUUCGAUGGUGGUCUCGUGAAGAUUCGGUAAUUAUGUGGAGUUGCACUGUCUAAUUAAAGAUUUAAGAUUGUUAUAUAGUGGUAUAUAAUUAUAUCGAUUGUAGAUGGAUUGAGAAGAGAAUAGAUUCGAUAUUGUCGUAAAAGGUUUUCUAUAGGUGUAGAGUCACGCGUCGCUAAAAAUAAAAAACGUUUAUUUUUAUUGUAAUUAAUUUUGUAAGGCGAAAUAAUGUAAAAACAAAUCUCGAUGGCGUUUUCUUUAUAAGUUUAAGGUUGUAAGUACAUUUUUCGAAUUGCCUCUUGUGAUCCCAAUGGUGAACAUUGUGAUAUAUUUUACCAUAGAGAGGAGGUCGUAUUGUUGUGAAGUUAUCGUUUUGUUAUGUAAUAUUUACGCAUUUUUUGUGUAUUAUGUAAGGCAACGAGGCGUAAAUUUAAAUAAUGAAAAACCCGAUUUUUGUUUCAAGUACAAUUUCGAUUUAUUUGGUCUUUUUUAACAAAAUCAUUUUAAAAAUUCAAUGUUAAUCAUUUGUAAAUAAGUUAUAUAUUAUUAUGAUUUAUUGAAUAAAACACUAAUAACUGUAAGGGGUUUUUUACUCAAACUCCAAUUAAACAAACUGUACAAAAGAAACUUAAUUAUUUUUCUUGUUGAAUAUUUUAGUGCCCUUUCUAGCUUUGGAUAUUUUUUCUUUAAGCGAAGCCACAUCGAUUUUAUCUGCCACUGCAAAGCUCUUCUUCGAGGUACUCGGUUCAUCUGGAGGAACGAACGCUUGGUUCCUUCUCUCUUCCCUCCGUUUGGCCGCUUCGGUUUGUUUUUCUUCCUUCUCCUUCUGCUUUUUGACGCUCUUUUGGUUCUUGUUGAGGAAAUACUCGCCGGAGGCCAGUUCCUUGUCGACUUUGCUCUCUUGUUGCUGAGGCGGAAACGGCGUGUAGGGCUUCUUGUCUUUCUUGUUUUUGGGCUGUUUGCGUUUGCUGAUGUUUUUGUUGACGAAUUUAGGCAAGAAUCGUUCCCAAUUUUCGCUUUUGAGCUUCGGAUCUUUCGCUAGUUCUCUUUUUAUCAUGAGCGCUUUGAUGUUGUAGAUUGGGUGGAUGUUUUUCAUAGUGUCUUCCACGAUUUUUCUGACUUGCUGUAGGCCCUUGUAAGGCCCUAAGGCGGCGACGGUUUGGCCUUGCACGAGCACGUAGCAGUUCGUUAAUAUUUCGAUUGAUUUUAAAGUGCAACCGUUGGGGCCUAUUAAUCGUUGCCUCCGUUUUACGAAUUUUUCUUUAUUUCUCGUGAUUUUUCCUAUUUUGAUUAUAUCGCAACCCGUAUCGUCUUCUAACACGCGUUUUGCUUGUUCAUAAGGCACGCUUCUCGACAUUAGUUUUAUCAUAUCUCUGGCUUUGAUGAUGAUAUAAGGAUCCCAAGUUUGUCUCGUAGUCCGCACUGUCAUACUGCCUUCCACGACGUCCAAUUCGGCUUUUAUAUGGUGUUCUCCUAACGUUUUCUUAACCAAAGGCCACACUUGCCUCAAAUAUUGCUCCCUAUAUUGCGGAAACAACGUUGCAAAGCAACUCUCUUCCAAUAAACCAUGAGGAUUGUCUUCGGGUUUGAACUCUGGUAUCUUCAAUUCCCAGGCGUUUUCCACGGGACCCGUUACCUUUUCAUCGUCAUCACUUGCGUUUGCCAUUUUAGUUUAGUUUACGAUAACUUGAAUUGAAAUUAACAGCAUGUAAAUAAAGACAACACUUUGCUGAUUUAAAUGAGGUUAUGAUUACAUA